ACCAGAGGUCAGCAGGGACCUGAGGGCAGCAGGGACCUGAGAUCAUUCUAGCUGCUGUGUUCUGGAUGAGUUGGAGCUAUGCUAUGGAGUGCUUGUAAAACGAUGACGUGUACACAGGAGACACAGAAGAAACAUGGCGCUUCAUUUGGAGUUGUCUUCCCACGGAACAGUCAAUCUGGCAGACAUGGAGACUCAUUCACCUUCCCUGGAGUCAGAUUUCUCCCCACCUUAUGAAUAACAGAGUGGGUGAGGAGAGCGGUCAAACAAUGUGGAAGUCAUCUGCCGGGAGGAUGGACAACAGGACGGCCAUGCUUUGGACAACCAUCUUUCCUGAGUCCUGAAGAAUCAAAGGUGACUCAGCCAAUCAAGCUGAUGGAUUCUGCAACCCCACAUCCAGACUCAUCUCAUCUCCAGAUGGUGGGGUGUGUCCAUCUCUCCUGACUGACUGGAGUGGCUCUACUUGGAACGCCUGGAGGCAAAUCAAUAGGGAAUGGAAGCUGAAGGCAUCAGGACUGAGGUGUCGCUCCCUGCCUGGUCGCUCUGCCGUGCCACAUCUGUCCAUCUGUCAAGCACACAGGCCCAUCAAUCAAGCAGCUGAACGCAGGACGUUGGAUCCACGGUGUCCUGGGAGCAGCUUUGAGGACUCCUCAUCCUUCUACUGUGCAAGCAAGGGAGUCCCAUCUGCCACCACACGGGGGGAUAAGUAGCAGAAAAAGAAGAAGAAGAUGAGGAAAUGGCACGCAGCCCCUCCAAACUCCAAACUCCAAUCCCACUUGGGUCUGACUCAGAAAAGCUGGAUUUGACACUGGCAGCAGCAGCGGCGGCAGAAGCAGCGGUGUGCUGCUUCCAGAAAGAAGUGAGUCUUGCAGAGGAGAGGAGUGAUGCUGGGGGGCUCCUGAGCGCAGAGCAGACGCGGUGCACGAGCGUUGCUGAGGCGGGAGCGCGCGCAUAGGAAGGAAGCGAAGGAAGGAGCUGAGGCAGCUUUCAGUCGCCAGCGGAGCUCGAGACAGCGGAUGAACGGGGCCGAGAGUGUGUGUCGCCCUUGUCGUUUUAUACAGCAGCGGAAAGCAGCGUCCGGCGGCGCAAAACCUGCCCGAAAAUGAUGCUCCAACUGGUCCACAUCCUCGGGGUACUGGUCUGCGGCAGCCAAGCUGCCCUGCAGGUGUCCAUAUCCUUGAACAAAGUGGAGCUAAGUGUCGGAGAGUCCAAGUUUUUUAUCUGCACAGCAAUCGGCGAGCCUGUGCGGCUGGAGUGGUACAACCCCCAAGGCGAGCGCAUCGUGCCCUCCAAGCGAAUGGCGCUCCACACGGAGACGUCACGAUCAAGGCUCAUCAUUUACAACGCCAUCAUCGAGGACGCGGGUAUCUACCGCUGCCAGGCCACGGACGCCAGCGGCCACACGGAGGAGGCCUCGGUGGUGCUGGAGAUCUACCAGCGGCUGACGUUUCGGGAUGUUCAGUCACCGCAGGAGUUCCGGCACGGGGAGACGGCGGAGGUGGUGUGUGACGUCAUCAGUUCACCCGUGCCUGUGGUGGUGUGGUACUACCAGGACAAAGAGAUCACAGAGGAGCACCACAGCAGGUACCUGGUGCUGGCAAACAACAACCUACAGAUCCAUCAGGUGACCAAAGCCGACGAGGGCGUGUACCGCUGUGAGGCCAGCGUGGAGGCCCGUGGAGAGAUCGACUUUGUGGACAUUGCUGUUGUCGUAAACGUCCCUCCGGUGUUGUCCGUGUUCCAGCAGGCCUUCAACGCCACAGCGGACUACCAGGAAUCAGUCACCUUCACCUGCAUCGCCUCUGGAUCUCCUGAGCCCCUGGUCACAUGGCACAGGAAAGGGCAGCAGGUGGAGCCGACGGAGAAGUACUUUUACACCAGGCUGGACGGCGGGCGGAGCAUGUUUACCAUCCGCAACAUCCGACAGGGAGACGGCGGGACCUACACCUGCAGGGCCACCAACAAGGCAGGGUCACAGGAGAGGGAGCUCUUCCUCAAAGUGUUCGUCCAGCCCCACAUCACCCAGCUGAAGAACGUGACAGCCGUGGAGGGCAGCGCCGCCAUGAUCUCCUGCGUGGCUGAUGGCGAGCCUCUACCCGACAUCUCCUGGAGGAGAGCCAGCGACGGGCAGACCUUCGUGGACGGAGACAAGAGUCAGGACGGGCGAUUCGAAGUCCGCGGUCGCCACGGGAAGUCCGUGUUGACCAUCAGCGGCGUGCGGCUGGCAGACCUGGGUCGAUUCGACUGCGAGGCGCAGAGCAGGAUCGGAGGCCAUCAGAAGAGCAUGUUCCUGGACAUCGAGUAUAUCCCAAAGUUCCUCACCAACCACACCAUCUUCUACUCGUGGGAGGGGAACCCGGUGAACAUCAGCUGCGACGUCAUGUCCAAUCCUCCUGCCACCAUGCUGUGGAGGAGAGAGCGCUUCACCAUCUCUGCGAACGGCCCGGCCAACACGCGGGUCCACAGCGUGGAGGGCAAGUCUGUGCUGGAGGUGACUCCCAUGUCCGACAGGGACUUUGGCCGCUACAACUGCACCGCCAGGAACAACAUCGGAGUCCGAUACCAGGAGUUUAUUCUGGCACAAGCAGAUGUACCGUCAAAUCCAUACUCGGUUCGUCUCUCAGCUGUCUCCCAGCGCUUAGCCACCGUGACUUUCAUGAAGCCUGACUCGCAUGGCGGUGUGCCCAUCAGCUACUACCUGGUCCAGUACAAGGAGGUGGGCUCACAGGAGUGGAGGGACGUCAAGUCACACAGCGUGCAGACGACGGUGGUACUGACGGGCCUCGAGCCCAACACGACGUACGAGGUCCGAGUUGCAGCUGUCAACGGGAAGGGUCAGGGAGAGUUCAGCCACACGGAGACCUUCCAGACUCUACCUAUCCGGGAGCCGAGUCCGCCAGCGGUGCACGGGCAGAGAGGGAUGGGGAAGGCCUACAGGCUGGGGCUGGUCAAGCAGGACGAUGGAGGGAUGCCCAUCGUGGAGUACAUCGUCAAGUACAAGACGGUGAGUGAGACGGAUAAGGAGGAGCAGUGGAUGACCAAGCUGGUGCCAGGAGCCAAUGACUUUGCGAUGCUGCAGCCACUGCAGUGGAACACGAGAUACGAGGUGGAAAUCACGGCGCGCAACGUCAAGGGCCUGUCAGAGCCGACCUUCUAUCAGUUCUUCAUGCCGCAGAAACCCGACAUUACAGCAGAAUCCCUGUUCAGCGGCCUGGGGCUGGGCGCGGUGGUGGGCCUGGGCCUGGGAGCGCUGCUGCUGCUGCUCGUACUGGUGGACGUCAGCUGCUUCUUCCUGCGCCACUGCGGCCUGCUCAUGUGCAUCACACGCACGCUCUGCAGCAAGAAAACAGCCACCAGCGGCAAGGGCAAGGACAUUGAGGAGGGCAAGGCCGCCUACCUCGUUAUCAGACUCCUUGAUAUUUUCUGCUGUCGGCAAAUCCAGUCCCUGCCUGUCAGUCAGCGAAUAGGGAAUAGAUUUGUGCCCUUCAGUAGCCUCUCAGCAGGAAUACAAGUGACAGUUUGUGUUCUGGUGAUGCAGGAGAGGCUCGUGCUGACGUCAGCGUCUCUGUUUCCUCAGGAGUUUGAGGAGAAGCUCAGUGACAGCCACUGGAAGAUAAAACACAGUUCCACAACGGCGUCAAACACCCCAAAAAAAUCUGAGCAAACUUUGAGUUUAUUUAGAGGAUGGAGCAGGAAACUUGUAGAGAGUGCAAAGUGACAUGCAGGAAAGGGGCUGCAGGUUGGAGCCGAACCACAACAACUUUUACAUGUACAGGGCAAGAUCAGCAAAGGAAACUACCGCUGAAGGAAGAAAAUGGAAAAGAGUCUCUCAAGCCGGAUACGAUUGAAAUCAAAGUUCACAGCGACAACAGCAUCCACACAAAGCCUGACGACAGCAAAGCG